AUGGCUUUCGUCUGGCUGGCGGUGUUCCUGGUGCCCGUCUCCAGCCUGCUGCCACCGGACCACGACUCUUACCCUAUAGACAUUUCAGAUCCAGACCCACCAGUUAAGAACCUAAGGAUGGAGCCAGAAAGAAAAAGAUUGACCUGGGACCUCCAUGGAAACAUUUCCGAAAUAAUGUGCUUCAUCAAUUCAAAAGUUUUCACUAAGGCACGGAAAAGCACGUAUUGCAGUAUUCCUGACUUGUCAUGCCAAGCUACAAACUACAGCAUCAAGGUGACCAAAGGUCAGCCAUUCUCCACGUGGAUUCAGUAUCCUAGUCAAGAAGGGAAUCCCAGGGCGGCUGCAGAAAACCUGACCUGCUGGGUUCACGACGUGGAUUUCCUGACGUGCAGCUGGGCGGUGGGCCGGGAGGCCCCGGGGGACGUGCAGUACAAUCUGUACCUGGAGAACCUGGACUCCUAUGAGAAGUGGCCGUGCUCGCAGUACACAGCAGAUGAGCAAGGGACGAACGUCCAGUGCCGUUUUCACAACAUCUCUGUGUUGUCCAAGGAUCAAACGCGUUUCCUGGUGAACGGCACCAGCAGGGGCUCCAAAAUCCCCUGCUCUGAAACGAGCGAUAGAUUAGCCAAAAUCGAGGUAUUAGCUGCUCCCAACAUCACUAGCAGGUGGUGUAACCAAAGCUACUUGUUCAUGCAGUGGGAAGUGAGGAGUCACCUUAAUGAUGACUUCAAGUAUGAACUGCAGAUACAGAAGGGUAUGGAGCUCGCCUACAAACAGGAGACCUAUAAAGCCUUCUUGGAGCUGAACAAUCCUGGGACCUACACGGUGCAAGUAAGGGCCAGGGAUGCCACCUUCUCCCAUUACAAACCUUGGGGCCCAUGGAGUGUCCCCCAACACUUCGUGUGUGAGGAGGGCGCGCGCCUCCCCGUCUGGCUGACGUCUUUGCUGAUCGCGCUGGGGACGCUGCUGGCUAUGGGGCUCGUGCUCCGGUUUUGCAGGUUCUCGGUGAUGCAGAAGCUGUUCCCUCCCAUCCCUCACAUCAAAGACCAUAUCAAUGGCAAACUUCAGAACGGAAGGACGAUGACCUGGGACCCCGACCAAGACAGCCAGGAGGAGUGUCCAGUGGUCGAGGUGCACGUUCCGGGGGAAACAUGA